ACACAAACAACAUGAAGAUUGACGGAUCUGUAGCAAUUAUUACCGGUGGAGCUUCUGGCAUGGGGAAGGCUUUGGCCGAGAAACUCGUCUCUCAAGGUGGCAAGGUUCUCAUUGCUGAUCGCGAUACCACCAAAGGCCCAGCAGUAGCGGACGAUUUGAACGAACGUUUCGGGGCAGGCAAAGCUAUCUUCCACGAAACGGAUCUCACCAAAUGGAAGACACUCGAAGCGGCGUUUGAGAAAACCAAGACAGAGUUUGGCAAAAUCAAUAUCGUCGUGAACAAUGCGGGCAUUGUCGAGACCUCCAGUUGGAUCAACGACAAUGACCCUCGGGAGGACAUGUGCGACUACUUGGUCCUGAAUGUGGAUCUGACGGCUGUUGCCAAGGGAUCCCGGCUGGCCAUCCAAUACUUUGCUAACAACCGAGACGUCGGUGAAGGUGUGGUCAUCAGCACCAGCUCGCUGUACGGUUUGUUCAAUUCCGGCAUCGUUCCCCUUUACGCUGCAGCCAAAGCCGGUGUGGUUUCUCUGGUGAAAAGCCACGCUAUGCAGAAGGAAUUCACCAAUACCAGACAUGUGGCUAUCUGCCCAUGGUUCGUCGAUACCCCGCUCCUUGAAGAGCAUUUCCGAGGGGCCCUGGCUUAUAACAAGGUCGAAUUGAUCCAGCCUGAACGCGUGGUCGAAGCGUUCGUCAUGGCCAUUGAGAACGACGACUUGAACGGUGCUAUCCUCAAGGUGUUCCCGGAUCAGACUUCAGUACAAGAAGAGGUGUUGAGCACGGAGGAUCUCACCCUAGCGAAGCAUGUUCGGGUCAUGGAGCAAUUUAUCCUCAAGCGACAAGAUGAAGCUAGGUUGAAUGAGACCAAGCCAUAGUCUGUAAUAAGGGCAUUUGGGUGUUAUAGUGAGUCAAUAAAAUACGCUAUUGUAU